AUGAAUGCUUCGCUGCUGCAGGAACCUCCCUUUGAAUGCGAAGUGUAUGCAGACUAUCUGCGUCUGGUGCAGCGACGGGCUGGCGGUGCUGAGGUGUACAUACACCGCAUUGACUCUGCUGCAGCGCCCCCCCACGACAGCAGCAGCAGCAGCAGCAGCAGCAGCAGCAAUGGGGAGAAUGGUUCCUGCUUGCGCGUGUCUGCUGCUCGGCCAGCAGCAGCUGCUGCUGCUCAGCAGCAGCGCCUCGAGGCCUUCUGCUGCUGGGGGGUAUUUGGGGUGUAUGCAGAGCCCCGCGGCGGCUGUUUGCUGCUGAUAGAAACAGCAACAUGCAGAGGAAAAGUAGGAGAAGAUUAUAUACUUCAGGUUGGUGCCUUCAGGGCCCUGGACCUCCGCCUCCCGCAGCAGCAGCAGCAGCAGCAGCAGGGUUGGUGUGUGCGCACAAGGAAGCUAAGGAGGCCUCUGCGGCUGAGACUGGGGGAAGCACUUGCAGCGGAAGUAUACUUGACUGACCUGGUUGCUGCCUCUAGCAGCAGCAGCAGCAGCAGCAGCAACACCUGCAGCAGCAGCAGCAGCAGCAGCAGCGUGGAUUGCGGCAGCCCUUAUGUCCCCUUGGUGUUAGAGGCUCUGGCUGGGGGGGGUUUUUACUUUGCUCUGUCGUUUGAUUUGACUGUCUCCUUGCAGCAAGCGCUGCAGCAAGCAGGUGUCUCCUCUUCCUAUUCUGCUGCUGCUGCUGCUGCUGCUGCUGCUGCUGCUGCUGCUGCUGCUGCUGCUGGGGAGGGAGAGAGUGACAAGGGCAGAGACCGCUUCUUUUGGAACCGGCAGCUGCUGCUGCCGCUGCAGCAGUAUGCAGCAGCCUUUGGGGUCAAGGCUAUUCAGGGGUUUGUGGGGUCGGGGUGUCUGUACAGCAGCAGCACAUCGCUGCUGCAUUUGCUGCUGAUCUCUAGAAGAGACACUCUACGAAACGCUUCAAAUUUUGUGGAGACAGAGCAGCUGCUGCUGCAUUACUACCAUGACCCUCUGCCCUCCUAUGCUUCUACUUUUAGCAGCAGCAGCAACAGCAGCAGCAGCAGCAGCAGCAACAACAGCAGCAGCAGCAACAGCAGCAACAGCAGCAACAGCAGCAGCAGCAGCAACAGCAGCAGCAGCAGCAAAGGCGACAAGAGGACUUGGAGGCUGGAGAUUCAGAGCUUAGUGCAGGUUCGAGGGUCAAUACCUCUCUUGUGGCAGCAGCCGCCAACCCUUAGUUGGUGCCCCAUACCUCGGCUUGUGCCUGGCGAAGAGGAACAGGAAGCAGCUGCCAGUCUCCACUUCUCUUCUCUCGUCAAGCGCUACGGGGAUGUGGAGGCAAUAAACUUGGUAGACAGGAAGGGGUGGCAGCGGACUCUCGGGGAGAAGAUGCAGCAAGUGCUGCAGCCCAUCAAGCAUGUUAACUACACAUGGUUUGACUUUCAUGCGGAGUGUAAGAAUAUGCACUGGGAGAACCUCAGCAAGCUGCUGCAGCAGCUGCAGCAGCAAGUCGAUAAGCAAGGGUCUCUCCGCGUUUUGCUGCUGCCGGAGGAGACAGCAGCAGCAACAGCACCCUGUCUCGUUCCUGGUUGGCGCGUGGGGCAGGUUGGUCACGUGUACAGACAGCAGACGGGGGUGCUCCGGAUAAACUGUAUUGACUGUCUAGACAGGACAGGCGUUGUUCAGGGUGUCUUCGCUAGGGCAGUGCUGCGCAAGCAGCUCGCUGCUGCUGCUGCUUCUGCUUCUGCUGCUGCUCCUGGUGCUGCGGGAGGUGAUGCAGCAGCAGCUGCUGCUGCUGCUGGUCCACCUGCUGAUACUGCUGCUGCUGCAGCAGCAGCAGCAGCGAAUCCCUUCGCCCCCCUCACGGUGUCUCCUUUUGCUGAGGAGACAUUCAGAGACCUCUGGGCUUCCAACGCUGAUGCUGUCUCCAUUCUCUAUGCAGGUGCGUUGCUGCAGCCCUCAACAGCAGCAGCAACAGCAGCAGCAGCAUCAGCAACAACGGCAGCAGCAGCAGCAGCAGUGUCGUUGUGGUUUGCUGCAGGGACUCCGGCUUUAAAGACAGACUUCACUCGCACAGGCAAACGCUCGUGGAGGGGGAUGCUGGGAGACGCAAGAAACUCCUUCUUCAGGUACUUUUUAAAUAACUUCUAUGAUGGGUUUAAAGAGGAUUGCUUGACUGUUUGCUGCUGCUCCUCCUUGCGGCUGCCGCUGCAGCCGCCGCAGCGCCCUGGGGGCCUCAGGAGCGUAUGUGUUGAAAAGAGCAGCAGCAGCAGCAGGUGCAGCAGCAGCAGCUGCAGCAGCAGCGGGAGCAGCAGCUGCAGCAGCUUAGAAAGAGAGUUUUACAAGGAAGAGGAGACACUCAAAGCCAAGUUGAGUGUAUAG